CGCCGGGAUUUGAACUCAUGACCUUCCCAUCAGUAGUCCAACACCUCAACCACUGAGCUCCCACUGCCCCAGUUCCACUGGAUAGACUCCAAAUCCACUGUGACCCUGAUCAGAAUAAAGCACAUACUGAUACUAUGUGUUCUCACAUAUAAAGAACUGAGUUAAGUUUGAUUCCUGUGAGAAUUAGCGUAUAGGUGUGAGUGUGUCUCUGCAGGGUGGUGGGGUGUCAAUGCAGGGGGUGUGAGUUAAUUCCUGACAGCUGCAUCCUCCUCACUUUAAAAAUGGCUUCAACAUUCUUCCGGAAUGAAUAUAAUUUUGAAGCUGUCACUAGGAAUAAGUUGUUAAAUUGUAACAACUGUAAUUUAUCAACAAGGCUGAAAGUUUUGCUUGAUGUGUCAGUUGGCAAAAAAGACCAGAAAAUUAAGACUCAUUCUGUGUGUGUUUCAUGAACUUAAUCCUAGUAAGUGUAGCUACAUGGGUUAUAUUUAUGCACUGAAGGGAGAUGAAAUGGUUAACAGAGGAGUAUUCAUAAUCUCUCUGCAUUUGUGCUCCUCCUCUCUCUCUCUCUCUCACACACACAAAUAGAACCAGGAAGUAACUCCUCAUUUCAGAGAAAACAAAACUGAUCUCUCUCUUUUUCAGUGUGUGAGUUCAGGAAAAUGGCAGAAGCCAGUAUUUCAGUGGAUCAGGACCAGUUCAGCUGUCCAGUCUGUCGGGAUUUAAUGAAGGAUCCGGUGACUAUCCCCUGUGGUCGCAGUUUCUGUAAGGUGUGUAUUAAUGGCUGCUGGGAUCAGGAAGAUCAGAAGGGCAUCUACAGCUGUCCUCAGUGCAGAGACACUUUCACUACAAGGCCUGUUCUACGCAGAAACAACAUACUGACUGAAGUGGUGAAGAAACUGAAGAAGACUGAAGUCCAAGCUGCUUCUCCUGCUCACUGUUACACUGGACCUGGAGAUGUGGAGUGUGAUUUCUGCACAGGGAGAAAAUACAAAGCCGUCAAGUCCUGUCUGACGUGUCUGGCUUCUUAUUGUAGAAUUCAUCUUAAACCUCAUCUAGAAGUUCCUGCUUUGAAAAAACACACAUUAAUUGCAGCCUCAGCAAAACUACAUGAGAAGAUCUGCUCUCAACACAAUGAAGUGCUGAAGAUCUACUGUCGUACUGAUCAAACCUGCAUCUGUUAUUUGUGUACGAUGGAUAAUCACAAAGGUCACAACACCGUCACAGCCGCAGCAGAACGAGCUGAGAAACAGAGUGAGGUAAAGGAGGAGCAGAUGAAAUCCCAACAGAGGAUCCAGGAGAAGCAGAAGAAGGUGCAGGAGCUGAAACAGGCUGUGAACACUAUAAAGCUCAGUGCACAGACAGCAGUGGAGGACAGUGGGAGGAUCUUUACUGAGCUGAUCAGCUCCAUGGAGAAAAAGCACUCGGAGGUGACGGAGCUAAUCAGAGCUCAGGAGAAGGCUGAACUAAGUCGAGCUGAACGACUCCUGGAGCAACUGGAGCAGGAGAUUAGUGAUCUUCAGAGGAGAACCACUGAUCUGGAGCAGCUUUCACAAACACACAAUCACAUCCAUUUCCUCCAGACUUUAGCUUCUGGACGUCAGUCUCCCCCAUGGGACAGACCAAACUUUCACACAUCCAGCAUCACUGUCCAUCAACAUCUCUCAUUUGAUGGAGUGAGGAAUUCUCUCUCAGAUCUGAAGAAGAGAUUCAAGGGAUUCUGUGAGGAGGAAUUCAACAAAAUCCCUCCACAUGCUGCAGCAUUUCAGAUCAUUUCACUCCCAGAGCCACAGAGCAGAGAAGAUUUUCUGAAAUAUCUCUGUUAUCUGACUCUGGAUCCCAACACGGCACAUCAUUACCUCAUUCUGUCUGAGAAGAACAGAUCAGUGAGAUACAGUAAGAGAAAGCAGCAGUACUCUGAUCAUCCAGAGAGAUUUGACUCUAUCUGUCAGGUGUUGUGUAAGGAGAGUGUGUGUGGACGCUGUUACUGGGAGGUGGAGAGGAGCAGUGCUGGUGUUGUGUCCAUAACAGUCUCAUAUAAAGACAUCAGCAGGAAAGGAUGGGGUAAUGAGUGUGGGUUUGGAUUCAACAAUCAGUCCUGGAGUCUGCGGUGUUAUUCUUCUACUUCUUCUUCUCUCUGUUUCUAUCACAACAAUAUUAAGACUGAUCUCAGAGUUCCAUCAUCCUCCAGAAUAGGAGUGUAUGUGGAUCACAGUGCAGGAACUCUGUCCUUCUACAGCGUCUCUGACACGAUGAAGCUCCUCCACAGAGUCCACACCACAUUCACUCAGCCUCUAUACGCUGGGUUUGGGUUCUACUCGUUUUCUGCUGUGAGAUUGUGUGAUCCAAAAUAAAGUGUGUAGUGUUUUAUGUAAAAUUCCUGCACAUUGUCACAUUGUUGCUCAGUCAUCUGUCUCACUAGCACACAAUCCAUCUGCACAAAAACACACUCAUUUAAAUUUAUUCAUUAAAACAGAUUAGUCAUUUUACAUUAAUUAAAAAGGAAAUGUUAAAAAUGAACUGUCAGACAAGAAACUAGUAAAAUUUCAGAAGAAGAGGAUGGAGGAGUGAGAAGUGCAGCGCGCGAGCUGUGUGAGUUGUGCUGAAAUUGGUGACGCAGAGAAAUCUGUGACUAGAGGUCACUGUUCAGUAAAUGUUCAAGAUUGCAGCUUCUGUCUUUUCUGUUUGUGUUUUAUGAUUGUGAUUGUUAAUUAAAUGAUGUGUACUCCA